AUGUCUUCUGAAGUUGCAUCUUCGCAGCCCGCCGCUGCUACUGCCAACCCACCCGUGCAGCCUGCUGCCGAGGCUACUCCCGCCCCUGCGGAGGCAAAGGGCAAGGAGCAGACGGAGAAGCCCACGGGCGAGGAGCAGCCCAAGUCGGAGACGACCACGGAGGAGAAGCCCAAGGCCAACAACCAGUCGCAGGCCAACACGUCGCUGUACGUCGGCGAGCUGGAUGGAAAUGUGAACGAGGCGAUCCUCUUUGAGAUUUUCAACAUGGUUGGCCCUGUAAGCAGCAUUCGUGUGUGCCGUGACGCCGUGACCCGUCGCUCCCUUGGCUACGCGUACGUCAACUUUUUGAACGCGGCCGACAGUGAGCGUGCGCUGGAGCAGCUGAACUACUCGCCGAUCCGUGGCCGUCCCUGCCGCAUCAUGUGGUCUCAGCGCGACCCCGGCCUCCGUCGUGCGGGUCAGGGCAACAUUUUCAUCAAGAACCUGGACGAGGCGAUCGACAACAAGGCGCUGCACGACACGUUUGCCACCUUUGGCAACAUUCUCUCGUGCAAGGUCGCCGCCAACGAUACUGGUAGUCUCGGCUAUGGAUUUGUCCACUACGAAUCCAAGGAGUCUGCCGAUGCUGCUAUCCAGCACGUCAACGGCAUGCUCCUGAACGACAAAAAGGUGUAUGUCGGCUACCAUAUCUCGAAGAAAGACCGCCAGGCCAAGAUUGAUGAGGCGCGUGCCCAGUUCACCAAUGUCUACGUGAAGAACGUGGACCUUGGCGUGACGCAGGAUGAGUUUGCAAAGCUCUUUGAAAAGUACGGCAGCAUUACCUCCGCCGUGCUCUCUGUUGACGAGGAUGGCAAGAGCCGUGGCUUUGGCUUUGUUAACUUUGCCGAGCACGAACAGGCUGCCAAGGCCGUCGAUGAGCUCAACGACACCGACUUCCACGGCCAGAGGCUCUUCCUCGGCCGCGCGCAGAAGAAGGCCGAGCGCGAAGAGGAGCUGCGCCGCUCGUACGAGGUGGCCAAGAACGAAAAGAUGGCCAAGUACCAAGGCGUGAAUCUCUACGUGAAAAACUUGCCGGAAGACUAUGACGACGAGCGUCUCCAGGAAGAGUUCAUGCCCCACGGCACUGUCACUUCGGCCAAGGUCAUGCGCACCUCGACCGGUGCGUCGCGUGGCUUUGGCUUUGUGUGCUACUCGGCACCCGAGGAGGCAAACAAAGCCGUUGCGGAUAUGAACGGCAAGAUGCUAGAGAACCGCCCGCUGUACGUCGCGCUUGCACAGCGCAAGGAUGUGCGGCAGCAGCAGCUCGCUGCGCAGAUGAUGCAGCACAACCAGCUCCGCCUCCAGCAGCAGCAGGCUGCUGCUGCCGCGGCCGCUGCACAAAUGUACCCUGGUGCUCCGGGCAUGUACUAUCCGCAGCCCCCAGGCGCCGUCCCGGGUCAGUUUGGCCAGGGCGGUAUGGUCCGCCCGGGCUACGCUCCGGGCAUGAUGCCGCAAGGCAUGCCACCAAGCGGCCCCUACCCCCAGGGCCAGUUCCCCAACGGCGGUGUCUUUCCCCAAGGGUUCCGUCCCCCGCGCCCUCCCCGCGGCGCUGCCGGCCCUGGCGCGCCAGCCGGCGGUUCUGGUGCGCCUGCCGCACAGCGUGGCGCACAGCGUGGCGGAGCCAACGUUGGUAAUGCGCCGCGUGCUGCAGCGCCUGCUGGCGCCGCGCCGAGCGCACAACCCGAGCAGCUUACCGCUGCUGCGCUAGCCAAUGCCUCGCCCGAAGAGCAGAAGCAGAUGCUCGGCGAGGCAAUCUACCCCAAAAUUGCGGCUUCCCAGCCCGACCUUGCUGGUAAGCUUACCGGCAUGAUUCUCGAGCUUCCUGUCGGCGAGCUGCUGCACCUGAUUGAGGACGACGAGGCGCUCACUGGCAAGGUCGACGAGGCGCUCAAUGUCCUGCGCGAGUAUGAGAGCCGCGAGGAGGCAGAGGGCAGUGCAUAG